AUGACAAGCUCGAAAAGACGCGUAGAAGCUAGCAAAGCGCGCCGAGCUCUACGCGAAGCAGCUCGAGAGAAGAGGAGGAGUGAGACAGGCUCGUUGAUGCACAAACGAGACGAUCCAAAGAACGAUCGAUUGUGCUGUCUCCAAAGUUCAGGUCUGUGUCGAAACUUGGGUAGCAAACACCAUCGGAAGAACAAGAAAUGUUGGCUAUACCCGCAGACAUGCUCUCACUGUUUGUCCGUUCAACUGAGGGCCGAGGGAGAUGAUGCGGGUAUGGAUGCCGAGGAACGACGUAUCCCGCUAAGUGUUAGCGGACGUUCGAAGUCAUUUAGCUCCAGUACGCCGGAACCAGCGAUCAAGGCUGAGCAGAUGGACGUCGACACCAAGACAUUGCCUCGGCAUGCUGGAAAUUCGAGCCCUAGCACAGGUGAUUCGCCUUUGCAGGUAAUGGCUACCAUGUGCUCGGCCCUCAAUCUAGGCCCAGGCGGAAGUCCUGGACAAUCGGAAGUCGUUGAGUCAAUUGAAAACGACGUUGAGGAAUAUUAUGGUGGUAGGAAGCAAUUCAUCAAGGAAGAAGUCACAGAGCCAGACAUGCUCAAAGACGCGAAAGAGCGACGCGCGAGAAGUUGGGCGCCUAGUCCGGAGCUAGAGGUGGGCAUUCCAGGUCGUGAAGCGUCGUCGAGCAUGGGAAGUGGUGAAAGUAAGCGACGUGAUCCUCGACUUGCCCUGGGCUACGUCCUUGCGACCAGGUAA